GGUGCGGUGGGCGAGACCGCAGGCGGCGGGAGACGCGGCUUCUCGGCUUGCACCUGAGACCAGACGUUCCUGGUCCUCAAGGCUGAGUCCGUGCGGUCCCUGCCGCCAUGAACCGCUUCAGGGUGUCCAAAUUCCGGCACACGGUGGCCCGACCAUCCCGCCGAGAGGCCUGGAUCAAUGGCAUUCGUACAGGAACCACCCCCUUGUGUGGGAAUCAUAUCAAAUCGAGCUGUAGCUUGAUUGCCUUCAAUUCUGACUGUCCAGGUGUAUUGGGCAUUGUGCCUCUGGACAGCCAAGGAGAGGACAAGAGACAGGUGGCCUACCUGGGAUGCCAUUCAGAGCUGGUCACUGACUUGGACUUCUCUCCCUUUGAUGACUUCCUCCUGGCCACGGGCUCCACUGACAGGAUGGUAAAGCUCUGGAGGCUGCCAGAGCCUGGCCAGGCCCUGCCCUCAGCACCUGGGUUGGUGCUUGGUCCUGAGGAGCUGCCAGUGGAAGUACUGCAGUUCCACCCCACUGUGGAUGGCAUUCUGGUGACUGCAGCAGGGAGGGCUGUGAAGGUCUGGGAUGCGGCCAAGCAGCAGCCCCUGACAGAGCUGGUGGCCCAUGGGGACCUAGUGCAGAGCGCCAUCUGGAGCUGGGACGGAGCACUCGUUGGCACUGCAUGCAAGGAUAAGCAGCUGCGGAUCUUUGACCCCAGAGCAAAGCCUGAGGCCUCUCAGAGCAUUCAAGCCCACACGAACAGCAAGGAUAGCCGGCUGGCAUGGACAGGGUCCCAGGAUCACCUGGUGUCCACUGGAUUCAACCAGAUGCGUGAGCGAGAAGUGAAACUCUGGGACACCCGACUUUUCUCCAGUGCCCUGGCCUCCCUCACCCUGGAUACCUCAUCUGGAUCCCUGAUUCCCCUACUGGAUCCAGACUCUGGCCUCCUGGUCCUGGCAGGAAAGGGUGAGAGUCAGCUAUACUGCUACGAGGUGGCCUUGCAGCAGCCGGCAUUGAGCCCAGUGACCCAGUGCAUCCUGGAGAAUGUGCUGCGGGGGGCAGCCCUUGUACCCCGGCGAGCACUAACUGUCAUGGGCUGUGAGGUGCUCCGUGUCCUGCAGCUGAGUGAUGCAGCCAUUGUACCUAUCAGCCACCAUGUGCCCCGGAAGACUGUGGAGUUCCAUGAGGACCUGUUCCCAGACACUGCUGGCUCCAUACCUGCCUCCAACCCCUACACCUGGUGGACUGGGAGCAACCAGCAGGUACAGAAGAUCAGCCUCAACCCUGCAUGCUGGCCCCACCCCAGCUUCACUUCCUGUCUGGUGCCCCUCAUGGAUCCUCCCCCUGACACACCCCAGCCUGCGGAGACACCAGAGGCCAACACAGACCCAAGUGAGGGUUUUUCUUCUCCAAGCUUGCUGACGUCACCCUCCACACCCUCCAGUUUGGGGGCCUCUCUCUCCAGCACCAGUGGCAUUGGCACCAGCCCCAGUCAGAAGUCACUGCAGAGUCUGCUGGGCCCCAGUUCCAAGUUCCGCCACGCUCAGGGCACCGUCCUGCAUCGAGACAGUCACAUCACGAACCUCAAGGGGCUUAACCUCACCACGCCUGGUGAGAGUGAUGGCUUCUGUGCCAACCGGCUGCGUGUGGCUGUGCCCCUGCUGAGCUGUGGUGGGCAGGUGGCUGUGCUUGAGUUGCAGAAGCCUGGCCGCCUACCCGACACUGCACUGCCCACACUGCAGAACAGGGCAGCUGUGACUGAUCUGGCUUGGGACCCCUUCGAUCCCCACCGCCUCGCUGUGGCUGGAGAGGAUGCCCGGAUCCGACUGUGGCGGGUCCCCCCAGGGGGCCUGAAAGAUGUGCUCACCACCCCAGAGGCUGUGCUCACAGGCCACACAGAGAAGAUCUACUCUCUGCGCUUCCACCCACUGGCGGCCGAUGUGCUGGCCUCCUCUUCCUAUGACCUCACCAUCCGAAUCUGGGACCUUCAGGCUGGAGCUGAGCGGCUGAGGCUGCAGGGCCACCAAGACCAGAUCUUUGGCCUAGCCUGGAGUCCUGAUGGGCAGCAGCUGGCCACUGUCUGCAAGGACGGAUGUGUGCGAGUCUAUGAGCCCAGGAAUGGUACUGAGCCCCUGCAGGAAGGUCCAGGACCUGAGGGGGCACGUGGAGCCCGCAUUGUCUGGGUGUGUGAUGGUCGCUGUCUGCUGGUGUCUGGCUUUGACAGUCGAAGUGAGCGCCAGCUGCUACUGUACAUGGCUGAUGCCCUGGCGAGUGGCCCCUCAGCAGUACUGGGCCUCGACGUGGCACCAUCCACCCUGCUGCCCAGCUAUGACCCUGACACCAGCCUGGUGCUCCUCACGGGCAAGGGUGACACCCGUGUAUUUCUAUAUGAGCUGCUUCCUGAGGCCCCUUUCUUCCUGGAGUGCAACAGCUUCACUUCACCUGAUCCACACAAGGGCUUCAUCCUCCUGGCCAAGACUGAGUGUGAUGUGCAGGAAGUGGAGUUUGCCCGGUGCCUGAGGCUGCGCCAAACCUCUCUAGAGCCUGUUGCAUUCCGCCUGCCCCGAAUCAGGAAAGAGUUCUUCCAGGAUGACGUGUUCCCGGAUACAGCUGUGAGCUGGGAGCCGGUGCUCAGUGCCGAGGCCUGGCUGGGAGGCGCUAAUGGACAACCCCAGCUGCUCAGCUUACAGCCCCCUGGCAUGACCCCAGUGAGCCAAGCCCCCCGAGAAGCCCCUACCCGGCGAGCCCCAUCUUCAGUGCAGUACCUGGAGGAGAAGUCAGACCAGCAAAAGAAGGAAGAGCUGUUGAAUGCCAUGGUGGCAAAGCUGGGGAACCGGGAGGACCCACUGCCCCAAGAGUCCUUUGAAGGAGUGGAUGAGGACGAAUGGGCCAAGUACCUGGCCCAGAUCAUUGUGAUGGGCGCACAGGUGGUGGGUAGAGCCUUUGCUCGAGCCUUGCAGCAGGAAUUUGCAGCCAGCCGGGCAGCAGCUGACGCCCGGGGACGUGCAGGACACCAGUCUGCAGCUGCAUCCAACCUCUCAGGCCUCAGCCUCCAGGAGGCCCAGCAGAUUCUUAACAUCUCCAGGCUGAGUGCAGAGGAGAUCCAGAAGAACUAUGAACACCUAUUUAAGGUGAAUGAUAAAUCCGUGGGUGGCUCCUUCUACUUACAGUCAAAGUUCCACAGGGCUCAGCUGAAGGAACAGUGGAGCGGCCACUGGUGGUGUACACAGCCUAGCACUCCAGCUACAGCAGUGCAGGUGCCCAGGUGCUGGGCUCUCGUGGGGGAGAGGCUGUCCAGACUGCUCCUCACCCUGGGACACUGCCUAAGGAGGUUGUCCGAGCAAAGGAGCGCCUGGAUGAGGAACUCAGAAUCCAGGCCCAGGAGGACAGAGAGAAAGGGCAGAUGCCUAAAACAUGACUGUUUGCCUCCCCCAACCCCACCCCACAGCCUCUUUAAUUUAUAGCUUGGUAAUAAAUGUCUUUGCUGCA